UUUAAAACCCUAGUUUCGCAAAAAAAACGCAUCUACUCUUCUUGUCCGAUUAUCAAUCACCACUCUCCGUAUCCUCUUGAUUCUGAACACCGCCGCGAAAGAUGCAGCACGACGAGGUCAUAUGGCAAGUCAUCAGACACAAGCACUGCAGUUACAUGGCCAAAAUCGAAACCGGAAUCUUCUGCAGAAACCCUUACAACGUGACGGGUGUUUGCAACCGAAGCUCUUGUCCUCUUGCUAACAGCCGUUAUGCCACAAUUAGAGAACCCGAUGCAAAAGGAGUUUUUUAUUUGUAUAUGAAGACAAUAGAGAGAGCACAUAUGCCUAAGAACUUGUGGGAGAGGGUGAAGCUGCCUAGAAACUACGAGAAGGCUCUUGAAACCAUUGACAAACACUUGUUGUAUUGGCCAAAGUUAUUACAGCACAAGAUCAAACAAAGACUGACUAAAAUGACUCAGAUGCGUAUUCGUACGAGGAAACUGCAUCUCAAGACAAGGGAGAAGAUAAUGACUAUGCCUAGGAGGGAAAUCAAGAGAGAACCAAGAAGAGAGGAGAAGGCUAUAAAAGCAGCGCUCUUAGAUAAGGCUAUUGAGACUGAGUUGCUGGAGCGUUUGAAGAAGGGUGUUUAUGGUGACAUAUACAAUUACCCUGAGCUUGAGUGGAACAAGGUUCUUGAUGAAGAAAAACAAUUGGCAGAGGGUGUUGAGGAAGAAGAGGAGGAGGAACCGGAGAUUGAAUAUGUUGAAGGAUAUGAAGAGCUUGAAGAAGAGGAAGAUAUGGAAGAUUUCUCUGGUUUUCCUACUAAGAUGUCUGGCUUCAACGAUGAUGAACAUGAUUCAGCUGAUGAGGAGGAAGACGAUGACAGUGAGGACCAAGUUGUGAUUCAUAAAAAAGAAAAAAGAAAUUCAAGAAAGCCUGAUGAUCUUGGAAAAUCAAAGAAGAAGAAGAGAGUAGUUGUUGAGAUGGAGCAAGAAGAUGGAGACUUGAUACGAACCCUGAAAGCCGCAAGCUUUUAGAUGCCAAAACCUGAAGCUUUUUGUUUUGUUUUGCUACUGAGAGACAAGAAAAGCGGAAAGCUAGCUUUCUUCUUGACAAUGUUACAGUUGAAAGCUUUCCAGUUUUGUACCCUUUUCUUUUUCAUGUAUUUGUAGGAACUUAAUCUGUUCUGAUAGUGAGUCAAGAAUGAAGUUUUUGCUUUGACCUAUAACUGAAACUUAAACUCUGUGAGCUAUUCUGUUGUUAAUGAGUAUGAUGAGCAAACUCGUGACUAUAAGCCAACUCUUGGCUUAAACAAAAGAGAAACGUUGGUGCCAUCCAAUACCAAAAAGUAAUGCUAAAAAUAUGAAUUGAAGUCAUG